GAGCUACACAAGCCCCUUCACCAAGACAAGGCAGUGAUCCAUGAAGGGGGCAGUUGUAUGUCAGGCAAUUCUGGAUCCCAAACUGUUCUUGUCUCUUGGGCCAGCUAGACAACUUGGUGCCCCCACUCCUAAUAUUUUGGACUCCAACUUCCAUACUCACCGAUCAAUGAUCGUGCUAGCUAAACAUGAGCAUUUUCACAAAUUUUCUAAAAACUUCUUCCAUCUUUUCCCUUUUACCACAUAAAAUCCAUUAGGAAGGGAAAGAUGGAAUAGUUGCAUAUUGGUAAUUCUGAGAGCCAUUCAUGUGGCCCUUUCCCCAACACAGUACGUCCCAUGUUUUAAAUUUCAAAACCCUUUCCCAAUCUCCUAGCUGUCAAGAGCAUUGUGUCCAAAACAUCUGGAAGGAAUCAGACUGACGUAGGCAGAUGUGCAAGUACAUUGUAGGGUCUGUUUGCCAACAGAACAGACCAACUAGGAAGGUCAUGGACUUUCCUUGGCUAGAAGUUUCCAAGUAGCAUCUGAAAGGCUUCCAAUAUGGAUGCUGUAGCAGUGGAUUUCCUGUUUGGUAGGAGUUGAAUGAAAUUAGCCCCUCCCAAGCCUUUACAGUUAAAUUCCUCCUAGGGUGCAGUCAGACAGAAAAAAGACAUACAGUUCUUCAGCUAGCAUGAUUAAGGUAUGCUGGGAAUUAUAACUUAACUUUUAAUUAACUUUUUCUGGGGAACCCUGAGUGUUAGGACUAAAGUUGCACAGGACUGCACCCUCAGAGGCUCAAGGAUGCGCAGGCGAAUGAAUAGCUUAUGCCCCUUUCUCUCCUGCCUGAAGAGUAGUUCUGUGAAGUCGGAAAGUCUGCAGACUUUGCCAAGCCGUGCAGGGUUGUUAGCCCUGCAGAGGCACGGCUCCAGAUAGUGGGCGCGCAAGGGAAAGGAAAAGAGAAGCGUGGGGACACCGACUAUCAAAAAAGGCAGGGGUCAGAACGCUGCUUCGACAGAAUUUGAGAGCACUAGCGAAGCACAUGCGCUGGGCUGCCGUUCCGCGCCUCACCUGCUAGAAGCAUAAACGCUCCUCUUCGCUUUAGACUACGCUACAGAGCCCGAGUCUAUCCGAAAGACUCCGAUCAUGAACGGACGUGCCCGAGGCCGGAUACGGAAAUCAACGACUACAUCCGGAACAGGUCCAAGCGAGCUUCAGCGUUUCAGCCUUGGACUACCGAAGCGGAAUUCGGGUGAGGAGUCAUCAUGUCGGAUCGGAUCGCGAAGCUCCGAGCAGAUGGGAUCAUAAAACGUCUGGUGAAGGAAGGCCGAGGGCCGCUGCCUGAGUACCAAGACGGGGCCAAGAUGUUGCCAUUAUUACAGCCAGUUGGAAUGGAAACUGUUCCAAAAGCAGAAGAGCCAAGAAUUGCUGGUGUCUCAGCUGAGCCCAAGGAGAAGCCCCACUUCCUGUCUCUUCCAGUUCUUCAGCCUGGUGAUAUUUAAAUUACACAUAGAACAGGAGGGUAGGAGUGAUUUUGUGUGUGGUAUUUAACAAGAACAGCAUUUUAGGCAGCAGGGCAGUUAGAGAACAUCUGCAUUUUCUUCCAGCCAUUCCUAGAGCUCCCCCUGCCUCAGCAUCCUACCUCAGGCAGUAUCACACCACCAGCAAGCACAGUAUCUUCCACCUAAACAGCAAGACAUACAAUAGGACAUUGCACAAAUUGAAUACUGAUUGUUAAUGCUAUACAGAUCAACUGACCAUCAGGCUGUUAGUGAAGCUGCUGAUAAAACAGUAAAAUAUUUUAAAAAAGCAAUAGUAAUGGAAGAUGGCCAGGCUCCUUUAAGAGAAGUCAUAGCUCGGUGGUAGAGCACAUAUUUUGCAUGCUGGGAUAAUCAAUUACUUUUCCACUGAAAAAGAUGAGGUAACAGAUAAAGGGAGAAACUUCUUUACCUGACACCCUGGAGGGCUGAUACCAGUCAGAGAAAGUAACACUUAGCUAAGCAGACAACUAGGAUAACAUGAUAUAAGGCAGCUUUUUAAUGUUAAAAUUGCCUGAGUUUCAUUUAGCCCAGCGGUUGAUAGUUUUGAGUUUCUGCAUUACUAUCUCUCCUCUGAUUCUCAACUUUCCUGAUAUAAUGACCUUUCCCCCAAUAUUCUCCAAGGCAAAGAUUCUGAGAAACUCAGGCAGACCUUGAGGCAGAGGCUUCCAGAUAACCUUGGCUGAUUUGCUGUAUCUUGUUCAUGUGCUCCAUGAAUAAGUUUUUGGGCCUGGUAACUUGUGAAACUGCUAUGUAAGCCACCCGCCCAGUGGUUGGGGUAAACAGGCAGGCUAGUAUUUUUAAUGAUAGUAGCAAAUUGAUUUAACCAAUUAUUUAGGAGGCUAUCAAACUUGAAUCCCCAUGUUCCUGUGCUCUCACUUGCUUGAACUAUGUCUGUCACCAAGUAAUGUGAGGCACCUGCUCAAGCUAGAAAUGUGUCAUGCUAGCCCAGUUGACUGCUAUAUCAGGAACUGGGUUGACGUCCUUGCCAGUGAAAGAAGCAUUCGCCAGUUUGUUCACACAAGUCUGGUUUUUACAUGAAGACAGCCUGUAAGUUACUGAGGCUGAGCAUGAGCAAGGCAUGCUGCCUCCUGCCUGCUUGCGGCUUCCACUUUCCAAAACAUCCCAGAGAGGCUCUGUUCCUGUUUUAUGGCAUCCAAACCAGGUGCUCUGGAUACUUGAGGAUUAGACAAUCCAAAGUUUUACCUGUAACAGCAGACCAUAGGUUCUGACUCUAGGUUGUUUAAUCCAUGAAUUUCAAUGUGUGUGAACCAGGUCAUUGCCUAGUUCAGAAGCAGGCAGCCUGAUGCCCUACAGAGGUAUUAGACUACAGUUCCCAUAACCCAAUAAGACUGUUCAGUGGUCAGGGCUGAUGCGGGUUGUAAUCCAAAACACCCGGAGGCCACUAAGCUGCCUAUUCCCUCAAUUCUGCUGUUCCUGUGAGUUUGUGAUUUUCUCCAGCCACUCUGCUUCCCAUUCCUUUCAGGCCACCUUUCACUACCGCACAAUGCUCUGCCGUCCACCCGAGCAAGUGCUUGAUGACAGUCGUACUCGGGGCAAGCCCAUGGAGCUCAUCAUUGGCAAGAAAUUCAAGCUGCCUGUCUGGGAGACCGUCCUGCAGACCAUGCGUGAGGGAGAGGUGUCUGAGUUCUUGUGCGAUUUAAAGCACGUGGUCUUGUACCCCAUGGUAUCAAAGAGCUUGAGGAAUAUUGCAGCUGGGAGAGACCCCCUGGAGGGGCAACGACACUGCUGUGGCAUUGCCCAAAUGCAUGAGAAUCCAUCGCUGGGUUACCCAGACCUUGAUGACCUUCAACAGAAUCCUCAGCCCCUCAUCUUUAACAUGGAGAUGAUCAAGGUGGAAAGUCCUGGCUCCUACCGACAGGAAGCAUGGGCUAUGUCAGAUGAGGAGAAGCUGAAGGCUGUGCCCGUGAUCCACCAGGAGGGCAAUGAGCUCUACAAGGAAGGCAAAGUGCAGGAGGCUGCUAUCAAGUAUUACGAUGCCAUUGCCUGCCUCAAGAAUCUGCAGAUGAAGGAGCAGCCAGGCUCUCCAGACUGGCUCCAGCUGGACCAACAGAUCACCCCCUUGCUGCUGAAUUACUGCCAGUGUAAGCUGUUGACUGCAGAGUACUAUGAGGUGUUAGAUCACUGCUCUUCCAUUCUCAACAAGUAUGAAGACAAUGUCAAGGCCUACUUCAAGAGAGCCAAGGCACAUGCCGCGGUGUGGAAUGCAGCUGAAGCGCAGGCUGAUUUCGCCAAGGUAUUGGAGUUGGACCCGUCGUUGGGCCCUGUGGUUACCCGGGAGCUGCGCAGCCUGGAGACUCGUUUACGGGAGAAAGAGGACGAGGACAAGAUCCGCUUCAAAGGCAUCUUCUCCCAAUAGCUCCCGAGUGAGUUGCUCCAGCUUUGCCACUGGUGCUCCAGGGCAAGGCAGCACCAGUGGACUGAGUGGCUUCUCGCGCAGGCCACCGUGUCCCUACCCCCACACCAGUCUUGGGGGUGUCGGCCUUUCUUGUCAACAAAGCAUGCCACCAUCUCUGUGCAAGUAGCACAGAGUUUCCUACUGCAAAAGCUAGUGGGAUAGGAUAGGGAGGCCUUCCACAGCGGCCAAAGACAGUAUACAAACCUUGCCCACUGUGUCUGCCAAAUUUGGUGUGAGCCUCUCUGUUGUCCUGUGAGUGAAUCUUUGUCAUGUUCUGCUGCCCAUGGUGCCUUUGCUGCUCUCAGAGAGGGAAGCUUUGCUUCCUGAACUAGUGUCAUGUGUAGGCGUUUCUAGAUGAUCCCAGCUGUGGGAGUUAAAUUGUGAGGCUGGCCAGGUUUUUCCUUCUGUCUGGCAGGCCCCUUUGAAUGUUUGGGAGUAGGACAAGCAGGUCAUCCCCACAGCAAUGUUUUCUGUGUCUCGGAUGCUGGCAGGAGAUAUAGGUGGUGACCAUUUUGAUGAGGGUUAACAUGCAUGGGAUCAACAGGUCACCAGGUUAGGUUGUCCUUUUCUUGCUGUUGCCUGGCUGUGUAGGAUAUCAUGCCCUGGAAUCCAAAUGAAUCAUCCUCCAAGGAACGUGCCUCCAAGACUGUGCCUGGAUGCAGGCUAUGAAGCCAAGGCUCUGCCCAUCAGAAUCCCACUCCUCUCUGGGUGGGGGAAAGCAGAGCAUUGGCAGUGCUUGGCUCGCUUUAUGUUGAGCUGCAAUGGGAUGACGACGUGUGUGCUGUGCAUUCCUGGAGCCUCGUACCACUUGAUGUGAUGGCAGUUGUCAGUGUUCCUCUUCCUGCAAGGCUGGAAGGCAAUGUAUUAGCUCAGUCUCUUCUGGCACUUGCCCGCCAAAGAGCAAUCUCUUCAGAGCAGUCUCUCCCUUUGGCGCAUGAGGGAGAAGGCUUUGGGGUACAUGUCGUUCCCUGAUCAUUGCAACAGCGAAUGUGCCCUGAUCGCAGCAGGCUUAAAUCCUUCCCCCUACUCUCCAAUGCAAGACUGGGGGGCAAAGGCAAGAAGGGAUACCAGCCAGCUCCUCAAGAACAACUUGCUCUACAGCAUAUUUUGAAUCUGCUUGGUGUGCCUCCCUUGGCAGCUUCUGGCUUCCCUGGGAAACCUCAGCCCAGAAGGCAGUACCUAAGCAAGCCCAGCUCCAUGAUCUUAACAUCAGCCAGCAGGGAGGAGAUGUUAGCACUAGGGUUUGUGUGAAAUGUGAACCCUAGAGCAAUUUUUUCAUCUUCCACAUAGCAACAGGUGGGUGGAUGUAGUUGUGAGCAAUUCAUUCUUUUCCAGAAAUUGGGCCUAAGGAUUUGCUGAAAGCUUUAGGAUGUGGAGAGCAAGCUGUUCAGGGCACCCCUCAAAGCAGAAAGCUCCUUGGCCCCAGUUCACCAAGGACUUCCUGCAUGUCUGAACAGGAUUUCAUUGGGAAUUGCCUUUCCAUCUAAAAAAUGGGAGCUUCUGCAAGGGCAGACCUCCCACACCUAGAGUGCCCUUACUACUUGUCAGGAGAGCUACUUUUGAUAUUCUGGCGCUUGUCCAUUGUGGCGUGGAGGGUGUUUCCAAGGCAUGAACUGUCCCUUGCCUAGCUAAGAAGUGCUCUCAGAUCAUUUCAGGUUGCUGUCUAGUCUCAAUUUGGCCUCUACAGCAGUCAUUCUGUGGCAGCCCUUCCAGUCCAGAUGUGACCUCAGUUUGCUACCUAGCUAUAACUUCUGGAUUUUGUGCUGCAUCCACGCAUAACAGGUCCAGCUGAUGCAGGAUGAAGGAAAGGCUUCCUUAUUUAUGCAAGGUGUAUUGGGACAAAUUUUGGGGAGUGACCAUUUGCUUGUCCAAGAGACUGAUAAAGGAUCUUUUUCUCAGCUAGGCUAAUUGUCCAGCAUUGUUUAAAAGUGGAACCAUGUUGAAGCAGCUGCGUCCCACCCUUCCUAAAAAGCCCUGUUCCCCAAGCAUCCCCAGUCCACGGUCAUCAUUAACCCAAGAACUUUGAAAGGGUGUGUUCCAUGCUGUGACCGAGCCUAGUUAGUUAUUCCUUUGUGCUGCAAGAGUGAGCCACCUCUUAGAGCACAUUGCAAAGUUAAGUACAUGUUUAAAACUUGUAUCAAAUCUGUGAGACUCUAAAAUGCUCGAGUUUGGCAGGUUCACACUUGAAAUUUGUACUGACGAGCUCAAUCACAUAUUGACUGCCUGCUCCUCAGAUCAACACAAUUGUGGACCUUUAGGCUGCCAUAGAAACAGAGGGAGUCAGAAGGGGUCUCCCGGGCCAUCUAGUCUGACCCCCCCCCCCCCGGCUCCAGCCAGCUCCACUCACGACAUUCCUCCCAUGCCAUCUCACCAGCUUUAGUAAAGAAGUCAUACCAUGUAUUUACAACCUAUUUUAAAGUCUAUGGGCUGAAUCUAGACCAAGUUAGUUGCAUUUAAUUACCAUGGAAAUCUUUGGGAUCAAAUAAUGGCCAACAUUCUACUUUCUUAGUGUGGAUUCAGCUCUAUGCCUAAGAGACUUAGCAGCCAAUUCUCAUUGUAUAUUAUACACAGUGCGAUUGUAGAGUUGAAUCAGGUUUACCACCUUUGCACUCAACUAUUUGAUGUGCCUUCAUUAUUUGUGCUUGUCCAGGUAUUUCAGUAGCUACUGGAUCUGGGAGCCCUGGCUCUGAUGGUAAAAGAGCGUCUGUGUGUAGGUUCAUAACGUAGAAAUUGCAGUUAAUGGAAAUGGGAUCCAAUUGAGAAGCGCUUUUUCCCUGGCUGAAUGCCUGUGAAGCACAUGGAAAAUUUUAUCUAGCUUCCCAAUUCAAAUGGAAUAAAUUGCAUUUUCCUUCUGGCCACAUCUGCAGUCAUCUGGUAUGAUCAGUAUCCAGUGCAGCACUACCACUAAAGUAAAUGACAUUUUGCUGUUGCAAGUGACCUCUGUCCCACCCCAUUUGCAUUAGCUGGUUCAACAGGUGUUGGAAAGCCCUCCAUGCCAGCAAAUGCUAGUGGUGUUGUGCGAAGGGUUCCUUACACAAGCACAGCUUAAUUUACAUUAAUGAGAGUGUUCUAUUAGCUGCUGUCCCUUGAUUUAAUUUUUUUAACCACAGGGUCUAAUAUUCCUUUUCUUAUAAAGCAAUUCAUUCCAUAUUGAAGUUUUGUUGGACAGUAUUAUCUGUCUACAGGUGCAGCUUGCAUGUUACAGCAGUCCUGAUGGUACUGCCUUCCCUGCCACCGGUGGAACUGUUUUUAGAGCUUGUGUACACUACAUAGCUGGAUCCAGUGAAGGCAGCAGGGGAGUCCCAUGGAAAAGGCUAGCUUUGCCAUCCUGCGCAUUCGAAUACCUGGUCCAGAGGGUAGAUCUUUCCUAUCUAGAUACCCUCUUGGUAAAACAUCCUCUUGCAGAGAACUGGGGUAAAAUUUAAGUUACAUACCAAAUCAAUGAUGAAAAGUGUUGAACCAAAUGUAAACAGUGUAGACACUUUGUUAGCUUUUGUGUGGCUUUUGAACUUGCUACUCAGUGCAUUUAGCUUGGUAUGUGCCUCUAGGGAGAAUACUGGGAGUGAGGAGAGAAGGUGGAGAAAUAGCAUGGAAUGCCUCACUGGGCACUUUUUUUGCAUUUCUCUAGUCAUUUCAAUGGUUCUUGCGCAGGAGAACUUACUAAUGAACUGUGCUGGCCUAAAUAACCAUGCACAAAGUUCAAGGUAAAUUUCCUCUCCAGGAAGAAUGAUAGGGGCUUAUUAUCACACUCAUGUUUAACUGCAAGAAAUAGUUUUCGCUUUGCUUUUGUUAUGGUGAAAAUAAUUGCCUGUUGUCUGUCAUAGAACUAGACAAGUGAGCCUGCUUUAUCUUGGAUCUGAACUAUAUAUAUUUUGGAGCAGGUCAGUUCUGUGUCAUGCCAGCACCUUCUCUACAUUGUUAAUGUGAAAUCAGUGACAGAACAUAAGCUUGCUAAAGACAAAUUUUUGGGAAGACAAAAAACGUGUGUUUGUGUUUCUCCGUUGAAGGUUAAGUGGAUAUUAUCUUUUAUUUUGGGGGGGUUAAUAUUAGAAUUAAAGAUACAAAAACAAUUGUUGGAGAAUUUUUUAAUAUGUGGUGAUUUUAUGCUCUACUGGGAAUUAUAGGAAAGAAGCCAGAGGAUUGAAAAAUAGGCACCUUGAGCAUUUACCCUGGGCUGUGUGUUACCCUUUGAAUUUGCAUCUCCUUUGUAAUUACUUAUCUGAAGGCCUGAAAAGGCACAUAGCCCUUUAAGUAAGAAUAGUGUACCCCAUUCAGCUGAGUUUCUAUGGGCUAAUCCAUCUUCCACAUACUGGAAUACUAUAGUGAAGAAAUAAAGAAGAAAGAAGGACAAAACAUAAGAAGAACGAGAUGAGUAUGAAAAGGUAUGGCCAAGUAAAGGGAUUCCCCUUACUAUCCUGUGGGCCAAAUCUUCCUUACAAAGCAAUUUUCUCUGCUAAAUGUCAAUCAAAAUGUAAGCAUAUUUGGAUGCAUUCAAUAUUGCAGGUAAAGAAAGUGCUUCUUAAAGUUUUAGAGGUAAAGCCUUGUCAUAUAAAUCAGAUGAGUGAGGAAUUGAAGGAAAACAGUUAUGCAAUCGAAUAAUUUAUUAAACCUCCAUCUUGUAAAGCCAGUUACAAAUUAAACAAACCCAAAAAAGCAGAAGGGAAUCUGCAGUAGAAUUAAUGGAAGUUAACAUUCCCAAUUGGGUUUAAGCUGCCUGCAGCAACCCAUGAGCCAGGACACAGCAGUAGUGCAGGACUCCAACUGGAAAUUCCUUGGCAGAAGACCAUUUCCAGCAGUUUUGUCUUUGGGUUCUAUUGGAGAAGGAACAUUUGAAAUCCAAGUUUGCCUCACAGAAAGUUGCACUGGAUGGCAGAUUGAUAUUCCUAGCUGUAGAAAGAGUUUCCUGGAAUUGGGAAGAGGUGAUGCCUUUGACAGGCAGGCAUAGCUAUAUAUAUCCCACUGCCAAAUUUCACAAGUACCAAAUUGGACAGGGGGCACAAUUCAGUACCCUGACAUUGUCAGCUGUAUUUUUAAACAUUAGUUUCUGGUUCUUAAGGGAUGCCUGAAAAGAAGGCCAUGGCCUAGAGAAAUCACAAGAGGUGUGAACUGAGCAAACUUUCGCACUUAGUGGAUGGGACUUAACACUUCAUCUAGCUACAGCUAGCUCCUCCAUCUUUUUAUGGCUAGCAGAAAUUAGGCCAAAACCAAAUUUGUUUACUUUAAAUAAAUGUGUUUAUUUAAAGGUUUCAGUAUUUAACUUUUCUUGGGAGGGGGUUAGAGUCUUAUUGCAAUAUUUGGAUUUUAUUUUUAAUGCAGAGUGUAUAUCAAUUCCUUGGUAUCUUGGAUCUAAAGUCAAUCAAAAUGGA